CUAAGUCUUGUUGGACUGACGUUACUCCAACUAUUUGCCAUAAUCAUCUUUCUUAAAGGAUUCCUUUUGACACGACAAACUCUUGACCUCAAAGGUCGUCAUUACGAUGCCUGGGAAAGAUUUCCUCUCCAAAACCCUGGUCAUCCAUCACCACUAUCUAACAUAAACAUAUCAACCAGACAACCUUUCGAACGACUCAUUAUUAUCUUGAUCGAUGCUCUUCGUUUCGACUUUGUCACACCGUUACCACAAACUAGUCCCGACCAACACUACCUCAAUCAGGUUCCAAUCAUUCAUCAUCUCCAGGAAACCCAGCCAUCGGCAUCUCUUUUGUUCCAAUUCAGAGCCGAUCCACCCACGACCACAAUGCAACGUGUCAAGGGACUCAUGACGGGCUCAUUACCGACAUUUAUCGAUGCCGGCACAAACUUUGCUUCAUCAGCAGUUGGAGAAGACCAUGUCCUACGCCAUGUAAGCCAAAAAUACAAGGAAAUAUACUUUAUGGGGGACGACACAUGGGUCAAUUUGUUCCCUGAAACAUUUGACCGGGAAAACCGAACAUUUGCAAGUGACAGUUUCAAGAUGUUUGAUCUUGAUACCGUUGACAACCGUAUCUUAUCCCAUCUCUGGCCAUUGAUGGAGCAAGGUGUGUCUUGGGAGGUUGCAAUCGCACACUUCUUGGGCGUGGAUCAUUGUGGUCACACCUAUGGACCUUCUCAUCCCAACAUGGCACGAAAAUUAAAAGAAAUGAAUACUGUACUUGAGAGACUAGUGAAGCAGGUGGAUCAAGAUACUCUGUUGGUGGUUAUGGGUGAUCACGGAAUGUCAGUCGAAGGUGAUCAUGGUGGAGAGAGUGUAGAAGAACUGAUGAGCGCCCUGUUUCUUUACUCGGGACGUAACCUCACCUUGAGUGGAGAACGUCUUGGCUACGACCCCUCUCAACAUCCAAUUGUCUCUCAAAUCAAUCUCGUUCCAACUCUUUCUUAUCUACUGGGUAUUCCGAUUCCUUUUGGAAAUCUAGGUGCUAUUAUUCCGGACAUU